UUCGCUCCCAAAUCCCGGUCGACCUCGAGCGCUCAUCCUCCUCCUCUGUCUCUGGCGGCAUUGAUCGUGGGAAGGCGCCGCCCCCGUGGAUCGUGGCGACCGCAUUGAUCGUCCGCCGCGAGUAUGGCGGAGCCCCGCCUGCGUGCUCCAGGCGAUGCCGCCCCUACUUACGAUGCUUUUGAUGGACUUUUCUCAGUUGAGAUACAUCACAAAGGUUUCUUUUGUGGAACCGACAGCAACAACACUUACAUGGACUUUGAAGUUGCAUGGUUUGACAACUGUGACAGUGAUACAUGGUCCUUGUUAUGGAUUGAUGACUUUUUGCAGCAGCUAGGCUAUGACAGAGAUAGUGAAGCUUGAUGUUUUCUGGUGUCAGCCUGGAAAGACAUUUGUUGACGGGCUAAAACAUUUGACAUGUGAUGCAGAUAUCCUUGCAAUGAUAGCAUCAACGACAGAGCACAAGAAAUUGUUACUGAUUGUAGACCAUGGAGAGACACUUGAGAGUGGUCUUAGAGAUGAUAUUUUACUUAAUGGGGUUCCUGAACUUCCAAAGGUCAUUACUCCAAGAAAAGAAAGCAAGGAAAAAGAUGAAUAUAGCUGUCCUGAGGAGAGAAGUGUGCCAAAUAAGAGGAGGCCUAGGAGGUUAUUUGGGGAAGGUUCAUCCUCAGGUUGUGCUGAUGAAGAAUUGGAGGAAGAAGAUGGAGUAAAUGCAGCUGAUUCAGAGACGGGUGAGGAUUUCUAUGACAGUGACUAUGACAUAGAAGAUGGGGAUGAUGAUCUCUUUGUAAAAAAUGUUGACAAAGAAGUGGAUGAUCAUAGAGAGAAGGACACAACUUGUGACUACGAAGCAGAGUUAGCAGAGGAUGCUCUAGAUGAUUCACACUUGCACUUGUCCAAUGAACAGAGGGAGAAGUUGAAGUACCACUUCAAGGGAUUUAAUCGAGAAACUGAUUUGAAUAACCCUAUUUUCAAACUUGGACGGGUUUUUGGUAAUGUGCAAGAGCUGAGACAUGCUAUUACAUCUUAUAGCAUUAGAAACAGAGUUCAAGUGAAGAAGACAAGGAACACAUCCAGAACAAUUGAAGCUAUGUGCAGUGGUGAUUGCCCAUGGUUUCUCAUGGCAAGCAAGGACAACAGAACAUCUAGUUUUGUUAUUAAAAAGUACUGUGAUGAGCACACUUGUAGUAAAUCCUAGAAUCUCAAGGGAUUGACAGCUCCUUUUCUCACCAGAAAAUUCAGAGAUGAUUUCAGGGACAAUGAGAAGAUGCCCUUGAAGAAAUUUUCAGAGAAGGUGCAAACAGAGUACAACCUCAUACCAACCAGGAACAAAUUGGCAAGAGCUAGAAGAGCAUCAGUGAAGGAGAUAAGGGGGGAGGAUGAUAACCAGUACAUGCAGUUGUGGGAUUAUGGAGAGGAGUUAAGGAAAAGCAAUCCCGGUAGCAAGUUUUUCCUAUGUACAAAGGAGAUAGAAGAUAAGAAGACAAAAGAGAUAAAAGAGCACUUCUCCACAUUGUAUUGGUCACUGGAUGCAUGCAAAAGAGGAUGGCUUAAUGGUUGUCGGCCAAUACUUUUUAUUGACGGAUGUCACAUAAACACCAGAUACAAAGGAAAUUUACUCACGGCUGUAGGUAUUGACCCAAAUGAUUGUAUCUUCCCCAUAGCAUUUGGCCUUGUCGAAGUGGAGUCAACUAGCAGUUGGGAGUGGUUUCUGGCAAGCCUAAAGGAUGACCUCAACAUAUGUAACACCUCUCCGUACACAAUUAUGAGUGACAAGCAAAAGGGUCUCAUAAAAGCUGUGGCAAAGAUAUGGCCUGAUGCCGAACAUAGAUUUUGUGUCAGGCAUAUGUAUCAGAAUUUCCACAAGCUUCACAAAGGUGAGCAACUGAAGAACAAUUUGUGGGCAAUUGCCAGGGCUACAAACAACCCUACAUACACUAGAGCAAUGCAAAAUAUGGAACAAGACAACAUUGAUGCAUACAAAUGGUGUGAGAAAUGGCCACCAAGAACCUGGAUUAAAGCAUUUUUCAACCCAUUUCCAAAGUGUGACAUUCUACUAAAUAACA